CGCCAGUACCUAAAGUCUGCAGACUUACGCUGAUUAACUCUCAUGUAGGGUCGUUGCACAAUUUUGGAGCACCCUUUUCGGAAAUAAAACUACAUUUCUGUUAAAGACAAAACACACAUCCUCAUUCUGACAGAAGAUGGCGCAGUGGUGCCAGCUGCAGCUGCUGGACUGCAAGUACCUGGAGCAGGUGGACCAGCUGUAUGAUGACUCGUUCCCCAUGGACAUCCGUCAGUACCUGAGCAGGUGGAUCGAGAGCAUCGACUGGGAGACAGUGGCGUCUCAGGACUCUCUGGCCACAGUUCGGUUCCACGACCUCCUGGCUCAGCUGGACGACCAGCACAGCCGCUUCGCCCUAGAGAACAACUUCCUGCUGCAGCACAACAUCCGCAAGAUCAAGAGGAACCUGCAGGAUCGUUUCCAGGAAGACCCAGUCCACAUGGCCAUGAUCAUCUGCAGAAACCUGAAGGAGGAACAGAGGAUCCUGGCCACUGCAAAGAGUGCUGAGCAGGAGGGUGAGGGGACAGUGUCGGCCAUGGUGGUGGAGAAACAGAAGCUGGACAACAAAGUGAAGGAGAUGAAAGACAAAGUCCAGGUGACGGAUCAGAACAUUAAGAGCCUGGAGGAUCUGCAGGACGAGUACGACUUUAAAAUCAACACGCUGAAGAACAGAGAGAAUGAAAUGAACGGCAUGACUCCAAAGGAGCUGGAGAAAGAGAAGAUGAUGGUUGGGAGGAUGUGCUUUGAGCUGAAAGCCAAACGACAGGACGUGGUGCUCCAGCUGACCGACCUCCUGAACGUCACCCAGACGUUGCUGUCGGACCUGAUCUCCGAGGAGCUGCCGGAGUGGAAGCAGCGGCAGCAGAUCGCCUGUAUCGGCGGUCCGCCCAACGCCUGCGUGGACCAGCUGCAGAACUGGUUCACAGCAGUAGCAGAGAGUCUCCAGCAGGUUCGCCAGCACCUGAAGAAGCUGCAGGAGUUGGAGCAGAAGUUCACCUACGACAGCGACCCCAUCACACAGAAAAAAGCUUACCUGGAGGCCCGAGCCCUGGAGCUCCUCAAGAACCUCCUGUCCAACUCCCUGGUUGUAGAGAGGCAGCCCUGCAUGCCCACCCACCCACAGAGACCGCUGGUGCUGAAAACAGGCGUCCAGUUCACUGUGAAGCUGCGGUUCCUGGUGAAGCUGCAGGAGUUCAACUACCAGCUCAAAGUCAAGGCCGUGUUUGAUAAAGAUGUUGCAGAGAAGAAAGGGUUUCGGAAGUUCAACAUUUUGGGAACAAACACCAAAGUUAUGAACACGGAGGAGUCGAACGGCAGCCUGGCAGCAGAGUUCAGACAUUUGCAACUGAAAGAGCAGAAAGUUGCCGGCAACCGAACGAACGAGGGUCCUCUGAUCGUCACCGAGGAGCUUCACUCGCUCAGCUUCGAGUCCGAGCUGCAGCUCAACCAAUCGGGACUCGACAUCAAACUGGAGGCCACAUCUCUGCCUGUUGUGGUUAUCUCUAACGUCUGUCAGCUGCCCAGCGGCUGGGCCUCCAUCCUCUGGUACAACAUGCUGUCCACCGAGCCCAAGAAUCUGAAGUUCUUCAUCUCCCCUCCGUCAGCGAAGUGGUCUCAGCUGUCCGAGGUCCUCAGCUGGCAGUUCUCCUCCGUCACCAAGCGAGGCCUGAACCAGGAGCAGCUCAACAUGCUGGCAGACAAACUGCUCGGAGCCAAAGCCCAGAGGAACCCAGAGGGACAAAUCCCAUGGACCAAGUUCUGUAAGCAGAGCACCAAUGAGAAGGCUUUUCCCUUCUGGUUGUGGAUCGAAGGAAUCCUGGAUGUGAUUAAAAGACACCUGCUUCCCCUCUGGAACGACGGCUCCAUCAUGGGCUUCAUCAGUAAGGAGAGGGAGAAGGCUCUGCUGAGUGACAAGUGUCCUGGUACCUUCCUGCUCAGGUUCAGUGAGAGCAGCAGGGAGGGAGCCAUCACCUUCACCUGGAUCGAACACGACGUCCACGACAAGCCGCUCUUCCACUCUGUGGAGCCGUACACAAAGAAGGAGCUGUCCGCCGUCUCUCUGCCCGACAUCAUCCGCACCUACAAGGUGAUGGCUGCCGAGAACAUCCCCGAGAACCCGCUCCGCUUCCUCUACCCCAGCAUCCCAAAAGACAAGGCCUUCGGGAAGUACUACCCCAAACCCUCAGAGAUUCCAGAGCCCAUGGACGUGGAGAACCCAGAGAGGAGCGGCUACAUGAAGACGGAGCUCAUAUCCGUCUCAGAAGUACAUCCAUCCAGACUGCAGGACAACAUGAUGCCGAUGUCUCCUGACGACUACAAGGCUUUGGCACAGUACGUCAGCCCCAGAGAUAUUGACGCUGUGGCCAACAAUCUGAUUUCUGGAUUUGAAGAGUUUGAAGUUCAGAUGAGCGCAGACUUUCCAGACCAAAACUGAGGACGACUGAGUUUAUUCACUUCAUCCGCGUCUUCACACUAGACUUUCUUUCAGAGAUUUUAACAUCACAUGAUUAGCAUCACAUUGAAUGAGGCUUAAAUCAAGUGAUCUGUCAUUUUAUUUAUGUACGUGUAUGUCUUUUUUAAAAUCUGAACUUUAAACUCAGCUGUAAAACAGUGAAAUUCAAGAAUGUGACUGUGCAUGCCUUCUUCUUUGCAAAAGAAAUACUAUGAAAACAUGCUGAAUCAUAGAAAGCUCUGUAUGAUUUAACAUUUGUGGGAACGUGUGAGCCUCUUUGCAUAGAUAUAAUGUAAGUGUGGAGGUUUCAUGCAGCACUCAGAUCUGUAUCAUUAGCUUUGGUCUGAUACAGUGAUGAAAGAGUGGCAAAGCUGAAGCAAUUAAACCACUUCACGACUUCA